AUGUCGGGGGGAGAGGACCGGGAUGGAGAGGCGUCCGCGCCCCUGUAUGUGUACGAGUCCAAGGUGCACUGUGCCAACGUGCUGCUGAGCCUGGAGGAGCAGCGGCGCCAGGGCGUGCUCUGUGACGUCACGGUGUUGGUGGAGGGCCGUGAGGUGCGGGCGCACCGGGCCGUGCUCGCCGCCAGUAGCCGCUACUUCCUCCAGGCACUCCUGCACAACGGCAGCACGGAGAGCGAGCUGGUCAUCACCCUGCCCGACAAGGUCACCGCUAAGGGUUUUGCUCCGCUGCUCCAGUUCGCCUACACUGCCAAGCUCGUCUUAAGCAGCGAGAACAUCCACGAAGUCAUCCUGUGCGCGGACUUCCUCGGCGUUCACAACCUGGAGGACUCCUGCUUCCGCUUCCUCCAGGCCCAGCUGCAGAACGACAGCCAGCACGCACUCAACGGCAAAGCUGACUCCGACGAUGACGUGAUGGCCGAGGAGUUCAACGAUAAUCUCCCACUGGAAGACACGACGAGCGAUCACAGGCAGCAGACCAAUCAUGUAGCACCCACUGCGCCACUGCCCAAAUACAGCCCCAAAUACAGAAAGUACCAGUACCCAAUCAUUGACAACAAGCACAAUGGCGAGAAACAUCACGACGACGUUGCUUUGCCGAAUCGUACCUCAUCUAGCCCCAUCAACUCCCACUACCAGGAUUCUUUGCAACCACGUCUAACGCCUCCUCGAAUCAAGGAAGAACCCUAUGCAUUUGAGGAAGCAGGAGAAAAUAGGAAUGGUUACAAUCCCGAAUUGUGCACAGAAGAGGUUUUGGAGAUGGAGUUGGAGGUGGAAGGGGUGCCAGUAGCAGCAGAACACUCGCCGGGGCAAGGCUCACCUUCCUCUUGUCUACGAUCCUACCUCCAAAGGGGCGGCCUGGACCUGAGUGCCGUGCCCAGUACAACAAUCCAGCAGCUCCUUACCAACAGACUCUCUCUCAACCACUACAGGGAUCUUGUCAAGGACAGGGCAAGGGACAAGAACAUCGAAAGGUCAAAAGCCUCGUCGUCGAAGCAUGAGGGAGAACUGGACAGGCGAAGUAGUGUGAUCUUCUCGUCAGCGGCAGGGGAGAGGCACAUUGGUCAUUCAUACAAUGAGGACAAGUUUCGGGAAAAGGUUUCAGCACUGAUGCAAGUGGAGUCACCUCCAAGCGGGCGCUCAUGCCUCACCACAAGUUGCCCCAUCAAACCAGCAGCCCACUCGCCUUCGCCAUCAGAGCCCCAGACACAAACAUCCAGCUCCAGAUCCUCUUUCUCCUUCCCAGACGAUGGAGGCAGCGGGAUUUCACCAUCCAGCAUGCCCCAGUUCGACUAUUCCUCGUCCCCACGCUCAGGGUCCAUCUCGGGGCUGUCCCACUGCCUUGCCGGGCUGGUGGAGCAAAGAAACCCUCAGGACUGCUCCAAAAUCAAGACUGAACAGGGCUUUGGCACCAGCGGAAUGAACUCCAGCGACGAGUCUGGGUCUUUCUCAGAAGGGGACAGCGAGAGUGGUCUCUCCAUGAGAGUCUCGGGUCCUGAGGUGAAGCUGCCCUUCCCCGUGGACCAGAUCACAAACCUCCCGCGGAAUGACUUUCAGAUUCUGAUCAAGAUGCACAAACUGACCUCAGAGCAGCUGGAGUUCAUCCACGACAUCCGGCGCAGGAGCAAGAACCGGAUCGCGGCCCAGCGCUGCCGCAAGAGGAAGCUCGACUGUAUUCAGAACCUGGAGUGUGAAAUACGCAAACUGGUGUGUGAGAAGGACAAGCUGCUGAGCGAGCGAAACCAGCUGAAGGUCUGCAUGUCGGAGCUGUGGCAGAACCUCUCCUUCCUCUCGCAGCAGGUGUGUCGGGACGUCCAGCCGGCCCCUGUGUCUGCCAGCAUCGACCUCACCUCCACCCCGCCCUCGCCAUCCUCCUCCUCCCCGCUACGGCCUGGCACCCCUCACCGAGAAGGGGUGGAGGUGUCCCAGGACUGCCCCCUGGUUCUGGGCUCCACUGAGGAAGUAUGUAGCCCCACCGUCACCGUGGAUUUCUGCCAAGAGAUGACUGAGAAAUGCACAACGGAGGAGCAGCAGCAGCAGAGACAUGGGUGCACCUAA